GGUCAUCCGCUUCCUACUUCUGUUUGUUAUUGCACGGAGUUGCUUUAAAUGUUAGGGGUGUUGACACACAGCGGCGUACAAGUUUCAGAGUUUGUUAAACUUUGUGAGUUAUCCGUAAUAAGUUAAACAUUUGCGGUUUUAGUAGGAGAUAUGCCGCGAGCUCGGCUCCGCGUGCCUGAAUGGUUUAGCAGGCGAGACGUAAGUGAAGGAAGUUUGUCUUUGGUUACCUGUGAAGGAGCCGAUAGGUGAGCAGCAGCGCUCAUUGAAACAGUUUCUUGUCGGACGCCGUAAAACUAACUUUGGAGUGAAAACUCAACGUUUUGGACACUCGUCAAAGAUGUCCGGAGCUCACGAACAGGAGAGGAAGCGGCGCCCCUCUAAAACAUUUUUGAUCUCUGCCGACCUUCGCGUCCAUGAUGCCAUGGAAGGUUCCAUUCUGCUGAAGCGGGGGUCAUUUUGCCUGGAGCAAGAUUUGGCCAAAAGCAAGACGGACCAGGCCUGGGUGAAGGUGGUGGAGAAUGACAUCGUGCUAAAAGUAGAGAAAAAAUACCUGGUUGAGUUACACCAGGGCCUCGCUGGCCUGCUGGAGCCUGUGGUGGAUUUGGAAACUCGUGUGAACCUCAUGUAUGAACCCAACAAGCUGCAGCAACUGGCAUCUCUGCCGGUCAACACUCCGCUCUGGGUCAAUGUGGGCCAGCAUGGUGAGCUGGCAGAGGCGGAGCUUAGGUAUGUGGGACCCCUGAGCAGAGGCAGCAACGCUGUGUACUUUGGGGUAGAGCUGAAGGGUUCAGCAGUGGGCAAAGGUACCACCAACGGCACCCACAGGGGCCACCGCCUCUUCACCUGCCCCGACGCCUGCGGCCUCUUCGUCCCAAUCAGCCAUGUCCAUCCCCGCACCUGGUCCCGCUCCAAUGUCUUAGAAGCACAAGCGCGAGCUCAAGAGCGAAACCACCACCGCAGCAACGGGCGUGCCGCUCCGCCACAAAACCGCCGCAGCCUCCACAAGGCUCGCUCUGCACAUCCUCAACACAUCAUCCCAGGUCCGGCAGAGCCACCCUCCACCCUGGCUCAGAACCAGGUUCAGGGCCCAUUCCAGGUUGGACAGCGAGUGAGCGUCCAUCAGGAUGAAAACGUCUGUGCUGGGGAGGUGCGCUUCUGUGGGGCCCUACCUGGACGCUCCUCUUCUGAAUUUCACGUUGGAGUUCUUCUGGACGCUCCUGUUGGGAAUUGGGACGGGACUUACAGGGGGGAGAAGCUCUGCCACAUUCCCUCCAAGCUCUACGGACUCCUGCUGCCAGCCAGUGCCAUUUCCCCGGAGCAAAACGGCCAUCAGAAACCUCCUCAGCCUAAACCCCUUAUGAAGCAGCCUCUGCCUCCUGCCACCAAGCCAGCCUCCACAACAUUCCCUGCUGUUGCUCCCAAGGUCGCCCUCUUGCCCCCCACCAAACAGGGAGUCAAACCACCCCCCUUACCUCCACCAAAAGCCACACAGAAAGUACUGCCCACUCCUCCGGUCCCUCCCCCAAAACCCCCAAACCUGGCAUCUGAUUUGGAAAAGCUGCAGCCCUCCAACGGCGUGCACGGCCCUCCUUCACCGCUGACCCUUUCAGACGAUGCAGAGAGCUCAAAGGAGGAUGAGGAGGAGGAGCCAAGGAGCGACCUGGAGGUGGGCUCGAUGGUGGAAGUGAAUGACCCGCCCCUGUACGGGGUCAUCCGCUGGAUAGGACGGAUCAGCGGCGUCCCUGAAACGGUGGCUGGGAUCGAGCUGGACCAGGAGCUUUCUGCUGGAACAGACGGCAGCUACCUCGGGGAGCGACGCUUUCGUUGCCCUGCCAACAAGGGUCUGUUUGUGAAGCUUCGUAACUGUAGGCGGGAUUCCAGAUUCCCCGCCCCUGAAACGCCUGUCAAUCAGGUGGAACGAUGCAACUCCAUAGCCUUUGCAGAGUGGGGGAGCAAACGCGUGGAGGAGCACACUCCUCCUGUGGAUGGAGAUGAGGCCAGGGAGCUCUACCAAGGCUGGAAGAAAGGCAUCCAGGGGCACCUGAACUCCUGCUACCUGGAUGCUACCCUGUUCAGCCUGUUCUCCUGCUGCAGCUCGGCUGACUGGCUGCUGUUUUGGCCGUCUGACCCUGAGGAACACCGCAGCGCCGUUCAGGCUCAGGACCAGCUGCGCUGCGAGAUCGUCAACCCGCUUCGAAGGAACGGUUAUGUGUGUGCCAGUAAGACCAUGGCUCUGAGACGCAUGCUGGAGGCUGCCAACAAUGACGCCAGCUUCACCAGUCAGGAGAAAGAUCCAGAGGAGUUCCUGAACAAGCUAUUCCAGCUCCUGAGAGUGGAGCCGCUCCUCAAGAUCAGGUCGAUGAGUCUUGACCCUCAGGAGUGCCACCUGUACCAGCUUUUCCCGCCAACACACCCACCGUCUCCGUCCUCUCCCACCUCCCCCGUUGAAUCCCCCAUCCCUCUGUCGUUGCCCCCGUCCUUGAGGGUGGCCAGCGUCCAGAACCUGCUAGAAACCUCUUUCAUGCACACCGGGCUCAAGUUUGUUGAGGCCCCCUCCUGUCUCCUGCUGCUUAUGCCAAGGUUUGGCAAGGACUUCAAAAUGUUUGACGCCAUCUUGCCCACGCUCAGUCUGGACAUCACUGACCUCCUGGAUGACACUCUGCGGCAGUGCAGCAUCUGUCAGAGUGUGGCGGAGUGGGAGUGCCUGCAGUGCUACGAGGACCCAGACAUCACUCCUGGACAUCUGAAGCAGUACUGCCAAACCUGCAACACUCAGGUUCACAGCCACAGGAACCGGCUGUCCCACAGCCCCGUGAAGAUCGGGAUCCCUGAAGGCCCGUGGUCAGGCCCUCUUAUCUGCACCCGCCGCAAAAUGUCUCUUUUCGCCGUGACGUGCAUCGAGACCAGCCACUACGUGAGCUUCGUCAAGCACGGCCCCCAGCCCACCGACUGGCUGUUCUUCGACAGCAUGGCUGACCGAGAAGGUGGACAGAAUGGCUUCAAUAUCCCCCAAGUCAAGGCGUGUCCCGAGGUUGGCCGCUACCUCAGUCUCUCAGAGGAGGAGCUGAGCAGAGUGGACCCCGCCUCCUUGCGGGAGACGGUCCGCCGCCUACUCUGUGACUCAUACAUGUGUCUGUACCACAGCCCUGAACUCAGCCUGUACCGGUGAUCAGCCAUCCUGCAGACUGAGCAGCUGUACUCCGCCCUUCCUCUCUGCUGAGACUUAAAACAUUGCUUUUCUCGUUUAAAGUGUGUGUGAGAUGGGGGGGAGUCUGCAGAUGUGGGGUGUGUCUUCUGAAACUGGGACCAUGGUUCUUUCAUUUUAAAGGACAUAAAAUCUGCAGUUUCACACUGACAAUCAGAGAAACAGCAUUUUCAAUCUAAACAAACUAAAUACCUUGUCCCAAAGGUUUGAUGUUUUUAUUUAUUCUGUAUAUUUGUCAGCUGUAAAUGAUGGUUUGUCUGGAAACAAAGAGAGGGACCAGAGGAGGAUUCCUGCAUGGAUUUAGGAAAGAGCUUGAGAGCAGCAGUGACUGUUGGGGAUUACAAACGCUGGGAUUUAUUAAAGGAGUUUGUUGUUACUUCUAAUGGGAUUCGAUGGUAAAGAUAGAUAGACAACUUUAUUUAUCCAUUUGGGAGGUUCCCGCAUGGAAACUGAUUAAAGCUCUCCUCCCAGCUGAAAAUGCACAUGUGUGUCCAACACUGGAUCAUCAACCCAGACUUUACAUUUUUUUUUUUUAAAUCAAGAUUGUACUUGGUUUAUCCCUAGAUGGGAGUUAGUUUAAUCAUUAAUAACUGUCCAAUUCAUUGCACCUUCUGUGAUCAGCGUUCACUCUAUACCUGUAUUGAUUGUAGAUGAAGCUGCUCUGCUCCAAACCAGCCACACAGCUGGAAGAACAAGAAAGCAGUAACCCUCAGGACGCGAGCCUUAUGAGCAAUUGUGAGCACAGCAGCAUGCUGGGAAAUAUUUCCACAACCUUUAAAAAUGUACAUGUGCUGCAAAGUACCGCUGUGACUCACCAGAACCUGACCAUAGAACUUGCACUGUUUCACAAAUUUCUCAGAGUUUGUACAGAAUUAUGUUUUUGCGCACAGGUGUUUGAACUUCAUAGAUACUGACUUUGAUUUAAUAUAUAACAGCCACCGGCAAAAAUAAAAGACUACCAAAAAUA